AUUUACCACCACCAUCACCACACAACCCAACUCCUCUCACUCCCCAACAAUCUCAAACAACAGCUCGAGGAAUCAACAGCAGCGACUACUCUGUUCGUUGAACCAACAAUCAACAGACGGACAUGGGGAUGCCGGCGGCGAGGAGGAGGGAGAGGGACGCGGAGGCGGAGCUGAACCUGCCCCCGGGAUUCCGCUUCCACCCCACCGACGACGAGCUGGUGGAGCACUACCUGUGCCGCAAGGCGGCGGGGCAGCGCCUGCCCGUGCCCAUCAUCGCCGAGGUCGACCUCUACCGCUUCGACCCGUGGGCGCUCCCCGACCGCGCCCUCUUCGGCACCCGCGAGUGGUACUUCUUCACGCCCCGCGACCGCAAGUACCCCAACGGAUCCCGCCCCAACCGCGCCGCCGGCAACGGCUACUGGAAGGCCACCGGCGCCGACAAGCCCGUCGCGCCCCGCGGGGGUCGCACCAUGGGGAUCAAGAAGGCCCUCGUGUUCUACGCCGGCAAGGCGCCCAAGGGGGUCAAGACGGACUGGAUCAUGCAUGAGUACCGCCUCGCCGACGCCGGACGCGCCGCCGCCAGCAAGAAGGGCUCCCUCAGGCUGGACGACUGGGUGCUCUGCCGGCUGUACAACAAGAAGAACGAGUGGGAGAAGAUGCAGCUGCAGCAGCAGCAGGGGGAAGGGGAGACCAUGAUGGAGCCCAAGGCGGAGGAGAACACGGCGUCCGACAUGGUCGUCACCUCGCACUCCCACUCCCAGUCCCAGUCGCACUCGCACUCGUGGGGCGAGGCGCGCACGCCCGAGUCGGAGAUCGUCGACAACGACCCGUCGCUGUUCCACCAGGCGCAGGCGACGGCGUUCCAGACGCAGAGCCCCGCGGCCGCCGCGGCGCACCAGGAGAUGAUGGCCACGCUGAUGGUGCCCAAGAAGGAGGCGGCCGAUGAGGGCAGGAACGACCUGUUCGUGGACCUCAGCUACGACGACAUCCAGAGCAUGUACAACGGCCUCGACAUGAUGCCGCCCGGGGACGACCUGCUCUACUCCUCCUUCUUCGCCUCCCCCAGGGUCCGGGGCAGCCAGCCCGGCUCCGGCGGCAUGCCAGCCCCGUUCUAAGCACACAGCAAAGACAGACCAUCAGACCGUCAGACUCCGAUCGACAGAAGCGGAAUGGAUGACUUCUUCGCCGCGGGCGAGCGAGCGAGAUCGCGGUGCAGUGUAAAUACAGCAUAGGAAACGGGAGGGAGGUGGCCGUCCUGUCUGAGAGAAGCCGGCGUGGUGAGGGCGGCGGCGCCGGGGCGUGUUGCUGUACAUGGAGAGCCCGGCGCCGGGGCCUGGCCGGCUGGGUUGAUUCUUUCGUUCUUACUUUGUACUCUCAAUGCGGAUGUAGCUCUCUUCUCUUCUCACUCCUCAGUAGUAGAAUGAGAAUCGACCGACCAAAUACAUAUGUAGCUCUGUUUCUUCCUUCUCUUCAGUAGAAAUCAACCAAAUUUUGCUGUUUA